AUGUUUCAUCAUCAAGAUAUGCCAGCCAUGAAGCCAAAUACAAGUGGUCACUGGAAUCUCAUCAUCUCCAAGAAAUCUUCUGCUCCAGCCCCUGGAUCCCACACGGAAGAUAAGGAAUGCUCUGUAAUUCGAUCCGAGAGCCUGUCGAAGAGCACCUCGUUGCCUAAGCAAUCGUUAGAUAGCAUCGAACAGCGUCAAUACCCUGGAAGCUUGCAUCGCCAUCAGCGAGGAGCAGAACGUAUUCGCGCCCAAUUUAGAAGCAUGCUGGAUGUUGAAGAAGCUCCGAGUUUAGAACAAAUUUCCAUGGACCACCAUGAGUCAAUGGAGUUGUGGGUUGUAGAGAAGCUACAACAGGCUUCUAAAAAUUAUAGCACUACUUCAAAUGACUGGGCUGACAUUUUACCUCUCUACACAGCUACUAACGGAGCCCCAAUGGCCCCUACCCGGUCUUCACCAAUUCCAAACGGAGCACCAUCAUCCCCAUUAGAAAUUCCAAUGACUGUCAGCUCAACAGAUCCAAAGAUCGCAGCUCAACAAGCAUGCGACAUGAAGAACAUUGUUCGAAGAAAGUUGACUGGAUAUGUUGGAUUUGCAAAUUUACCAAAUCAAUGGCACCGCAAGAGUGUCAGAAAGGGUUUCAACUUCAAUGUCAUGGUUGUUGGUGAGUCUGGACUCGGAAAGUCGACUUUGGUCAACACUCUUUUCAACACUUCCUUAUACCCACCAAGAGAACGUAAAGGACCUUCCCUCGAUAUUAUCCCAAAAACCGUUUCUAUCCAAUCUAUUAGCGCUGAUAUUGAGGAGAAUGGUGUUCGUUUACGUUUGACUGUCGUUGAUACCCCAGGUUUUGGUGAUUUCGUCAACAAUGAUGAGUCUUGGCGACCAAUUGUUGAUAACAUUGAACAACGUUUCGAUGCUUAUUUGGAUGCUGAGAACAAGGUCAACAGAAUGAACAUUGUUGAUAACCGUGUUCAUGCUUGUGUAUACUUCAUUCAACCAACUGGCCAUGCAUUGAAGCCUUUGGACAUUGAAGUUAUGCGUAGACUUCAUACCAAGGUCAACUUGAUUCCAGUUAUUGCUAAGGCUGAUACAUUGACUGAUGAAGAAAUCGCCGCCUUCAAGUUCAGAAUCCUUGCUGACAUCAAGCACCACGAUAUCCAAAUCUUCGAGGGUCCACAUUACGAAAAAGAUGACGAGGAGACAAUUGCCGAGAACAAGGAGAUUAUGGACAAGGUACCUUUCGCAGUUGUUGGUGCCAAUUCCGAGAUUACAAACAGCGAGGGACGUAAAGUUCGCGGACGUAAAUACCCAUGGGGUACCAUUGAAGUUGACAAUGAGGAGCACUGCGAUUUCGUCAAGCUCAGACAAAUGCUCAUCCGAACCCACAUGGAGGAGCUCAAGGAACACACCAACAAUGCUUUGUACGAGAACUACAGAUCGGAGAAGCUCACUGCUAUGGGUGUUACUCAAGAUCCAAAUGUCUUCAAGGAGGUCAACCCAGCUGUCAAGCAAGAAGAGGAGCGUCAAUUGCACGAGCAAAAGCUUGCCAAGAUGGAGGCCGAGAUGAAGAUGGUUUUCCAACAAAAGGUCGCAGAGAAGGAGAGCAAGCUGAAGCAAAGCGAAGAAGAGUUGUACGCACGACAUCGCGAGAUGAAGGAACAACUCGAGCGUCAACGUCAAGAAUUGGAGGAGAAGAAAUCCAGAGUCGAGAGUGGAAGACCAAUAGAAAAGGAAGGCAAGAGGAAGGGAUUCUCACUCCGUUAAGGGGUGAACUCCUUUCAAUAACCAGGGCCUGCCUUUGAAUGAUGGUACCGACACGACACAACCGAUACUUUACUUUUCAAUUCAUGUCUCUUUAAUCAUUGAUCCUUAAUAUUUGGCAGUUGAAGAAGCGAGCGAUCGGGUGAAGGGUGAUAUUUCGGGCGCGGCAUUGCUUCUGCGAGGCAAAGGUCAUAAAUGCCAUAAUGGAGGUCUUGCAUUCAAGAAUGAGUGGUAUCCCGAGGAGUUUUAUUUUUGCACAUGAGAAUGACCGAAAGGGAAGAGGAUAAAAAUGCAAGAGACAAGACGAAAGACCAUCAUGCUUACAGAGAGAUUGGUUUCUACUAUAAGUUUUUUUAUUUUCAUAUGGCUUCAGAUAAAAGUCUACCUGCGUUUCUUCAUCCGAAAACUUUCUGGGGGGUGGAUCAAUACUCUGUAUUUAUUAUGAUAGCUCGAGAGACUUCUUUAGUUGUUUUUUUCCUUUUUUUUAUUUUGACUUUACUUUGAUCUGUUCUUUUUUGCGCGUGGUUUUCUUUUUCUUUUUUUUAUCUUGAACUUAAUUGAGUAGGGCAAGGGAAGGCCUGAUCUCAUUUAAGUACGUACGUAACUACCUACCUACCUACCUACCUACCUAACUUUUGCUUUGUAAUGGAAUGGAAUGGAAUGAAUAAUUAAAAUGAAGAUGAAAAUGAAAUGAGAUGAGAUGUUUUGAUAUGUGUUU